AUGGAAUUUGCCGAGAGAAUGUUAAAAAAAUAUGGCUGGGAUGCCGGUAAUUAUAAAGGUCUUGGUAAAGAUAAUCAAGGAAUGAAAACAGCACUUAAGCCUGUUUUGAAGUUCGACACUCGUGGGGUUGGCUGUAAUCAAAAGGAUGAAUAUUCAAGUGAGUUCAAAUGGUGGGAACAUUCGUACAAUCGAGCAGCCAAGAAAGUAUCCGAAUCGCUCGACAAAGGAGAAAAAGAAGACAGACAAGCGAAGAAACGAAAACAUAAAGUCGAAGAUAACGAGGAUAAUAAUGAAACUAUAAAGAAAUCAAUUUAUUCGCGGUUUGAAAGGAGUUCGGUUUUAAUGGGUAAUAAAGAAGAAUCUCUGCGAAUUGAACAAGAAACUGUCGUAACAGAAACGAGUUCUACUCCAAUGCCAAGUGACGAAGACUUACUUCGAAUAUGUGGUGGUCGAACUGCUCAUAAAGGUGCUCGUCACGGGAUAAAAAUGAAUGGUAAAUUACAACGUUUACAAGAACAAGAGGAACAAAUCUUAUCGUUGCCUUCAGAGAAAAAGGAAAAGAAAAAGAGAAAACACAAAUCGACUGUUGAAAUCAAUGAAUAA